AUGGCCACCACUGCCGCCAGAGUUCGCACCCGCAAGCACAAUGUUUUUCGCUCCGUCUUCCCGCCCGAUGCCUCGCAGCCAGCUUCUCUAGCCUCUGCCAUCGGUGAGGCCGCUGUGACUGGCCGGCGGACGCGUGGCAACCAUUCUACUCAGCAAUCGUCGUCCUCCACUGUUAGCGAUCAGGUGCGGUGGGAUCGUGCCUGGCAUGUAGUCAUCUCACGCAUUCAACUCCCUACCUCCGUGGCUGUCGAGGAUUCCUUUGGUGCUCUCCCCGAAUCCCAGGAUCUCGAUGUGACAUUCUACGACUCUCUAGCCCUUGUCUUGAAUCCUGCUGCUACCGUCCCGCAAGCUGCUCACACUGAAGACAUCUUGCUGUGGCACUCUCAACAAGCCCGUCAGCAUUUCCUCCACCAUGUGCUCCCUUUGCUUGCUGCAUGCACCUCCAGCCAUCAACGGAGCCACUCUCAGGUUCUCCUCAGUAUCAUAAACACCCUGGAGGCUGCCCACAGACAGUAUCUGUACGGGCUGAUGCUCGUCGUUCGAGGCUUCCGCGAUGACACCCCCGCGGAAGCAGCCGUGACCAAGUUCAGACGAGACAUGCACGCUAUCGUUGGUAAUUCAUGGACUCCGGAGUUAAUCGCUGUUCUCCGUAGUGUUUUGCAUCAUAGUCUGCGGAUAAUACUGGGCUCUAGUAGUCGCGACACUGGCCUUGGACCGGGAUGGAGCCGAGAAGCCGACGUCUCCAAGGCACGGGAUGAACUUCUCAGCCUCCUCGAAUCCCUGCACCGGGUUGGAUUAGGGGGUGACAAGUUUCAAGUCUUGUUUGCUGAGAUGAUGGAUGCCUGCAUGCAAGACUUCAUCAAGGAUUCCUAUAGCAAAGUGUGGAAGGUAUCCAGUGGUCGACGGAAUGCUCGAACAACAACGGGACCCCUCUGCUUGAAUCAUUUGUGCGACUGGAUUGAGAAUCGCUAUGCUCGGCUGGCAGUAGAAGUCCUCCGGCGCCUUGGUGGCCAAGUGGCAUGGAACGACGUAGAGCGGUGGAGAGACGUAGCCACAGGGCGGCUCGCGACGCUGAGGAUGCACGAGCUCUUUGAUAUUGUCCUACACUGGCCAGAAAGCAAAGGUGGCCUCGAUGACUUGGCAUCCUCCGUAACUACGCCCCAGCGCCGCCUUCGGCUCACAGAUGCCUUCUCGGCCACCCUCCAGGCAAGGUUGCUACACCCCGGCCGCUCUACGCUUGACAUUUUGCAGACCUACAUUUCCAUGAUCCGGACAUUCCACGCGCUGGACCACUCCAAGGUCUUACUUGACAGAGUCGUGCCAGCACUGAAGUUAUGUUUGUGGAACAGGGAUGAUGCCAUCCGCAUAGUCGUCACAGGAUUGCUGGCCAACCCGAAUACUGCACAUGCGGAGGAAAACAAGGGGAAGCUAGUGGAGCUUGCAGUUAUCCUAAACGAAACAUCGCAGCAGCAUCAAGGCCGCGCCGACGAUGAGGAUCUUGGAUGGAACGACAUGAGCUGGGUUCCAGAUCCCGUAGACGCGGGUGUCAACUACAAGCGGCCUAAGAAUGAGGACAUCAUAGGCACACUGAUAAGUGCUCUUGGCUUACAGGACGUCUUCAUCAAGGAAUUUCAAGUCAUUGUGGCAGAACGAUUACUUUCCAAGCAAACUAGCUUCCAACAAGAGAUUAAAGUUCUCGGUCUGCUGAAGAAACGAUUUGGAGAAGCCGCUCUACAGAAUUGCGAUGUCAUGAUACGGGACAUCGUGGACUCAAAGCGCGUGGAUACAGUCCUUCGCCGAAACAUGAAAAACGAUGGCGCACUGGAAGCAGACUCGCCCUCGUACCAUUCCAAGAUUCUGUCACGCCUGUUCUGGCCGAGUUUACCCAAAGACCCCUUCACCGUGCCUUUACCAGUAGCACAGAUUCAGAAGAAAUACGAAGCUGGUUUCGAGCAGCUCAAGUCUUCACGGAAGCUCAAUUGGCUUGACCACCUUGGAUCGGCAACAGUCAGACUGGAUCUUGAUGACCGCUCUAUUGAACUGGACUGCAAAACGUACGAGGCGGCAGUCAUUUACGAAUUCCAUGGGGACGGUGACGGAUCAGGGGCAUCUGGCCCGGUUCAGAGAAGCUUCAACGAAUUAUGGGAAAAGCUUAUGAUUGAUGAGGAUCUUUUAGAGAGCGCCCUCAAGUUCUGGGUAUCUCAACGAGUGUUGAGUGAUGUCGGAAACAAGACGUAUGUGGUACUAGAGACGCUUGAUAGCGAAACAGGAGACAAGGAGAUGGCGGAGGAUGAAGACGAGGCAGGUGGCGAUAUGGAAAACGAACAGCGGUCACCAAAGAAAGCGAAGAGCAUGAGCGCAAAGGAAAAAGAACAGAGGACAGUGUACUGGCAAUUCAUCGUCGGCAUGCUGACCAAUUCAAGUCCAGCAAUGCCCCUUGGACAAAUCGCCAUGAUGAUGAAGAUGCUCCUCUCCGACGGGUGUCCCUGGAGCAAUGAGGAAUUACAAGAAUUUCUCGGCGAAAAAAUCACAGAGGGCGAGCUGGAGCUUGUCGGGGGAAAGUAUCGGCUACCGAAAAAGUAA